UAGAUCUAACUCAAGAAGGUUCAUUAUUUGAAAAUUCAAGUCAGGCAAGCUACUCUUAUAUAUUAAUUGAGAAAUUCAACCAGGAAGGUUAUUUACCAACUGAAGAUUCAAAUAAAGAAA